CAACGCACUGGGCGCCUCUGCCACCUCCAGAAUUUCCCAGGCGCAGGUUGCGCUCGGUGGCUUUUGCUGACCUCGUCCACAACCCAUUCUUUCGUCCUUCACUUCACCUCUUCCUCAGUCAUUUCCUUGCGAAUCUCUUUUGUGUUUGUCACCUAGUCUUUCCCAGUCAGAGUCGAAUCCCGUCACCUUCAAUGGGUCGCAGCGCCGUCACUACCUCAGCCACAAUUUCAGACUUCACUCCUGCCGCUCGCGGACGUGUUGCACUUUCCCAUGUGAUUCCAACGUCAUCUUCAUCCGCAUCUUGCAAGACUGGCCAUAAUCUGGUUCGGCUACUGGCGCAAGGUCCGUCCUGAAUAAGGGCGGACGGUAAUACUACAGCCGCCUCGGCCUCGAGCAUUGCGUUCAUCUACACCUUUUUUUUUAACCUGGGCGCAUCAUCAGAAGACCCGUCAAUAUGAGUAUCUCAACUACUCAAGCCGUCAUGGACAAAGUUCAAGAAACCUCAAGCGGUAUGCGACCGCCUGUAGACGUAUCGGCCAAUUUGGAGGAUGCCCUGAAUUCCAUCGCGCUGGGAAACAACAACGCGGACACAGGCGAUCCCGAAAUCAUCCCUUUUCGAAACAAGAGCCCUCCUGUCACACCUCAAAAAACCUUGCCCAUCAGUACGCGCGAGGACGGGGCUCUUGCCGAACCGGAGAGUGAGCGAGGGAGACAGGAAGUCAAGGGCAGUGUCAUCUUGUCGACCACUGCGGCCAAGAGGAAGAAGAAGAAAAACAAGGCAAAAGCGGCCCAGGCGGCCCAGGCAUUGAGUACUGUCAGAGGCUUCACUCCGGUCGACUCGGGAGCCGAAGAUUCGGAUGUGUCACGCAACAGCCCACGGGUACUGUCACCUAUCCCUCGUUUGCCUAUGUUGGCCGGUGCCAGCCCCGGUCUCAGACCUCAGUCGCCCGGUAUCAGCAGCUUGAAAGCUCAGCUUGAUGCUCUCAAUUCUCGCAGUCAGAGCCGCUCCAACUCGCGCGUUCGCAAUACCAUGGAUUCCGAGGCCAACAGCAGCGCCGCCAGCGCAGCGUCCGACACCCAAGGAGAGGAGCCGCACGAAGACAUGGUCAGCUACCACGUGCAGAUUGAUCAAGACUUCGUCAGUCAGUCGCUGGCAGAAACCGAAGUCGCUUCGGUGGCUUCCACGGCAACCAUGGACGCGGAUCAGCGUGCGACUUCGAUGAUUGUCCGCAAGAUGACCGCCGCGGACUUCACUCCCAUCCGCUGCCUCGGGGAUGGGGCUUUUGGGACGGUGCUGCUCGUGCGACAGAAUGCCACGGGCCGCUUGUUCGCUCAGAAACAACUCACCAAAGCAUUUCUCAAGGUCCACAAGAAGCGGAUCGAAUCGACCAUGUCCGAGCGAAGCAUUCUUGAACUGGUCAAUCGUCAUCCCUUCAUUGUCAAUCUCUACUACGCCUUCCAGGAUCACGAGAAGUUAUACCUGAUUCUUGAAUAUGCCUCGGGCGGUGAGCUGUUUCGUCACUUGGAAUUGGAAAAGUUCUUCUCGGAAGAAGUGGCUGCAUUCUACAUUGCGGAGAUUGUUUUGGCUUUAGACUACCUUCAUAACACGGUCGGCGUCAUCUACCGUGAUCUCAAACCGGAGAACUGUUUGCUGAACGCAGAGGGCCAUUUGCUCUUGACCGAUUUCGGUCUGAGCAAGGUUGCCGUUCAGGAUCCGAGCACACCCGGGGGGAGUCGAUGCAACAGCCUGGGUGUGGGGACUAUCGAAUACAUGGCCCCCGAGAUCAUCAGAGGCAGCGACGAGUCUGACUGGGGUCCAGGGUAUGGUAAAGCGUGCGACUGGUGGUCAUUGGGUGCGAUGGCCUGCGAUCUCAUGACGGGCAAACCACCUUUCGGAGGAGGCAGUUGGACCAAAAUCCAGCAGAACAUCAUGUAUCAAAAGCUGAGCCUACCUUAUUUCCUGUCGCCAGAUGCGAAAGACCUUCUCACUCGACUGUUGCGCAAGGAGCCUAAGAAGCGACUUGGAGUGGGUCCGAACGACAUCAACAUCAUCAAGAAACACCGUUUCUUCAGGAAAAUCGACUGGAAGAAGUUGGAAGCCAAGGAACUCGAACCACCCAUCCAGCCCCUAGUCACCAAUCCGGAAUUGGCCGAGAACUUUGCCAAAGAAUUCACCGACCGAGCCAUCGACACCCUCACGCGAAGACACAGCCGGACACUGAGCAAGUCUGAUCCAUUUGGGGGUUUCAGCUACGUUGCGAGUUCCAGUUUGCUUGAAGAAUCGAUGCUUUUGGAAUUGGACGAAGCUAUCAUUGACGAAGACGUUUAGACACUGGAAUAGCGGCUAGAACCUCGAGCGAUAGAAAUCGGGUUGGAUAGAGUGGUGAGGACGGGGUAGCAUAGACAAUUGACGACAGCGAGGAGUUCAGGGCUUGAGAUGGCACAUGGCGAGGUUAGAAGCAUACGGGAAUUUUGGAAGCAUUGUCAGGACGGAUUGAUGCACAGGCAUGAUUAGAGCAGCCGUUGAUGAUUCGGAUACAGGCAUAGAAGCUAGACAGACAUGAGACAUGUUCAACUGCC